UCUCCUAAACGACUCAAUCUCUUUCGCUUUCCUCUCUUUCCUCGCCCGACAAACGAGAAACAUUCGGAUGAACAAAGUUCCCAACAGAAAAGAAAAACGUAAAUAAUAAUAAUAAUAAAAAAAACCAAGAAUUGGGUUCGUUUUCAAAGGCUUAAUCGUCUUUUUCGUUUUUUUUGGUGUAUUGGUUCUGCGAAAGUUGCAUAGAUAUAUUGCAUCAAACACGUAACGCAUGGUGUCCUUUUCUUUUUCUUGGUAAUUAAGAUUAAGAGACAUUGAACAUAUUGUUGUGUUGUGUCAUUGCAAAAUUGAUUAAUGCAAUUGUGCAAAGCAAAAGUUUACAAGGUAAAAGUAAGUUUUUUGGGGUUGUGGCAUUUUUCUUGAAGGCUAAGGAAAAAGGAAAAGAUUGUUUUCUUUUUUGGGCGUUUCCUAUUGCUUUCUGUUCUUUUCGAAUUGAAAGUUUUUUUUUUUUUUUUGUAUAUUCGAUGAAAUGAGAAGAAAAACACGUGAAUGGCGUAAUGAUUUGAGGAGCAAUGGAAAUGAGAAGGGCUUGUUAUGCCAUUUUUGUCGUCAUAUUGCUUUGCGCUUUGGCCAUGGGGAGCUCAGACGGUAAGAGGAGGAUGCCUGAAACAUUUCUUGCCGAUCAAGGCUGGACAACAACAUCCCUGAAGAUAAAUGAAGAAAUGGCAGAGGAGGCAUGGAUUCAUUGCACGAAAGAGAUGGCAGAAAAAAGAGAUGCUAUUAAAGAUUUUGACCUGUAUAUGCCACAAACAACCAAUGACUUGAUAUCAGCAUUGUUGGCGAAAGGAAACAUAGAAAAAGCUAUUGAUAUUUUGCCUCCUCAAGUGAGAGAAACACUUUUUGAUUGCUUAAGUAAGAAAGGACUAAUCUUUCAUGCUUCCAAUCCAGAGGUUACCUUUAAGCACUGGUUUCGAAAGUGUCUUGAGUUUAUUUUUAAAUUGCCACAUGCCCCUAGAAGAUAUCUGGUUAGUGUAUCAAAUCAACACAUAACCUCAGGCCCUUCUCCAGCUCUAGUUCCUAAGAGAACACCAGCACCAGCACCAAUAUCUGCAGCGGUACCUGCAGCAUUUAGUUAUGGUCCUGCACCAACACCAUUUAGUUAUGUGCCAGCACCAUCCAAUCAAGCUCAUGCACGCUAUCUAAGGUCACAUCCGCCUGGUGGUGCUUUAGCUAAUUCACUUCUCAUAUCAAACAAGAUUUUCACUUCUUCACCACCACCAGAUCUCAAACAUUCUCGUACUAACCCAUCACUAGCAACACAUAAAGAUUUAUCACCUGGUGCCCAUGAUAGGACUCAGCAUUCACCAGAAGAAAAGGACGUCAUGAAGGAAACUGUUAUUGCUGUUAUUGUGACUGCAGCCACAACAUUUGCUCUUGUUGCAUUGGUCUUCUUUUGUUGUCUGAAGGGAACUAGCCGAAAAAAAGAUGAAAAGCCUCUUCUUUGCUUGAGUGAUUACUUAAGUGAUUUCUCUUGUGAUUCUUCACAGAAGUCUAUUAGUUUAGGCAGUUCCAGUGACAAAGAAUAUCGUACUAGCAGCCGAAAGAACCCUUCUUUGGCUGGUAGUUCGUCCAUGAAGCAAGAUAAUCAUGAUGCCUCACUUGCAAAAGCACCACCAUCAGAAGCAACUGAAGGUGCACCAUUUCCUCCCCUGAAACCUCCUCCUGGGAGAUCAGCUCCUCCACCUCCUGCAGCACCACCACCUCCCCCUGUUCGUCCUAAUCCCCCACCUCCACCUAAAGUUGCUCGUCCUCCACCUAUGCCACCAAAAUCAAAACAUUCACCCCUUGGACCACAUCGUCGAGGACAUAGUGCUUCUGGUAGUGGAGAUGAGACUGAUGGUGAAUCUGGAGCUCCAAAAGCCAAGUUAAAACCAUUUUUCUGGGACAAGGUUAUGGCUAAUUCCGAUCAGACGAUGGUUUGGCAUGAGAUCAGUGCUGGAUCAUUCCAGUUCAAUGAAGAGAUGAUGGAGAGUUUAUUUGGUUAUAAUUAUGGGACUAAUAAAAAGAAUGAUCAAAAGAAAGAUUCACUAUCAGAACCUUCAAUCCAGUACAUUCAGAUUAUUGACACCAGAAAAGCACAAAAUUUGUCUAUUCUUCUACGCGCACUAAAUGUCACAACAGAGGAAGUUGUUGAUGCUCUUCGAGAAGGUAACGAGCUUCCAGCAGAGCUCCUUCAAACAUUGCAGAAGAUGGCACCAACAACAGAAGAGGAACUAAAGCUUAGAUUAUUCACUGGAGAUGUUUCUCAACUGGGUCCUCCAGAGAGGUUCCUUAAAAUCUUGGUUGAAAUACCUUUUGCCUUCAAACGAAUUGAGUCAUUGAUUUUCAUGAGUACUCUCCGUGAGGAAGUCACUGGCAUUAAAGAAUCCUUUGCAACUCUUGAGGUAGCUUGCUCCAAGCUCAAAAGUAGCAGACUAUUCCUAAAACUUCUAGAAGCAGUGCUUAAAACUGGAAAUCGCAUGAAUGAUGGUACCUACCGAGGUGGUGCACAGGCAUUCAAGCUUGACACACUCUUGAAACUGUCUGAUGUCAAAGGAACAGAUGGUAAGACCACACUCCUCCACUUUGUAGUUCAGGAGAUCAUACGUUCUGAGGGCAUAAGAGCUGUUCGUGCACAACUAUCAAGCCGGAGCCUUUCGAGUUUCAAUUCAGAGGACUUCGCUGAAGAUCACAACCAAGACAAGGAGGAACAUUACCGCAGUCUUGGUCUUCAAGUGGUUUCAGGUGUAAGCAGUGAACUUGAAGAUGUUAAGAAGGCUGCAGUAAUUGAUGCUGAUGCCCUGACAGCUACCGUGUCAAAACUUAAUCAUUCUUUGACAAAAACUAGGGAGUUUUUGAAUUCUGAGUUGAAGAGUACAGAUGAGGACAGUGAAUUUUUUCGUUCAUUGUCUAGUUUUGUGGACCGUGCAGAUGCCGAUAUUAGAUGGCUUUCAGAGGAAGAAAAAAGGAUAAUGGACCUGGUCAAGAGCACAGCAGAUUACUUUCAUGGACAGGCAGGGAAAAAUGAAGGCUUGCGUUUGUUUGCAAUUGUGCGUGAUUUCUUGAUAAUGUUAGAUAAGGCAUGUAAAGAAGUUAGGGACACAAGAGCAAAGCCACUCAGGAAUUCCAGAAAAGAGUGUGCAUCAGUGUCAUCUUCUCUAGAGAACCAGCAGCCUUCUUCUUUGGAAAACCAGCAACCAUCCUCAGAUAUUCGUAAACGACUAUUUCCAGCAAUUUCUGACCGGCGGAUGGACAGUUCCAGUUCAGAUGAUGAAAGCUCCUCUCAAUAGCUGUAAAUUUAGAAAGGUGGUUUAAAACAGUAGAUAUUAGUGGAAAUAUGAUCCGAUAGACAUUGCAGAGGCGGGGCAUCUCUCAAGUUGCAUUUUAGGAACAGACUGCAAAGCUUCAAGUUUCAUUAUCUUGUAGGAUACAAUGAUGAAAAAUACAAUAGCAAGGAGAAUGGAUAAGAGCCAAAGAGGGAAAGAACAUCAAGGAAUCAGGAUUUUCUGAAGAACAGAUUCCAUUUGUACAGUAAACUGUAUCAAUAUCCAUGCAAAUACUUCAAUAUAGUUAUUGCCUUUUUUUUA